AUGGUAUUACAUACAGCAUCAUCGAAUUUAUCUGAGGCAUUAAUUAAUGUUAAAAAAUCUGAGCAAAAUUUUCUCCAGCGCGAUGUCACAGUUAUUCAUCGAGAACGAAAUAAAAUUCGUGCUAACGUCGAUAGACAUAUGGAGACAUUCUUACAAAGGACACGUAAACGACAUGAAACAUGGUAUCGACAUGAUAAACAUUUUCGUGAAGCUAUUCGGAAAGAAAAAGAAAAUCAUGAAAAACGUAAAGAACGUAAUCGACAAAAAUUAAUACUGGCAAGUAAUCCAGAAUAUGUUCCGCGCGAUCUUACACCAUUUCAAGCUGUUCUUAGUGAAAAUGUUAUUUUGCCACCAAUUACAACAGCAACACCUCAACCAUCAUCAACAACAUCUCCAAUACCACCACCAUUGCCACCACCACCAAUAACACCACCACCGCCAAUAGCAAAAGUCGCAUCACCACCACCAGCAAUAGUAAUUAAAAAAAUGAAUACAUCAACGACAACAACACCACGUUCUGAACCAAUGACAAAAGUUGAACGACGUACUCAUCAAGUUUUACGAGCCUCACAAAAGUUACUCGACGAAUCAGAAGCACGAUCAAGAUAUAAAUAUGUAUUUGGGCGACCUUCCUCAACAACAUUCAAUAUGAAACGAUCGCCACCAUUAGCAUCAACGAGCUCAUCUGUAUUUCAUAGUUCAACACUUAUCGUACCGAUAACAACAUCACUCGAUUGUGAAGAAUAUGAUCGUUUAAUCAAUGAAUCAUUACAACAAGAAACAUUUAGUGAAUUUGUCGACCAUUUUGUUAAAUUUCGUCCUGAAUUUCGUGAACAGUUUGGACUUAUUAAUGAAGCUAGAAAACGUCAAAAAGCUAUUGAAAAACUAAGAGAAUUCAAUCAAAUAUAUGCAAAAGCCAAAGAUGAACGUUACCAUAAGUUGAUUAGCAGUCUAACCGAUCUUUCUUCUGAACAAAAACAAAAAUAA